AAAGGAGCACUAAAUUUAAAUAUGCCAAUGCAUGUUUUACUUCAAUCCAACUCGAUUGUUUUUUAAUGUUUAUUUUCCCCACCAACACAGAUUUAUUUUUUUUAAAAAAAAUGUUUAGUUAAAAAAUUAAUUAAGAAAUUACACCAGACCUCAAUUCUGAACUGGACAUUCGGAUUUGUCCCAUCUCUAAUUAUUUGCUGCGUAUAUCUUCACGAGAAACCAAUUUUAUAUCUGGUUGUCUUCUUAUUAUGCGAUAAAAUUUGUUGGAGACAAAUCUAAUUUUCUUCCGAGUAUAAUUAACAUUUUAAAGCCUAAUUGAAUAAAGAUUUUUGUUCUGGGUUGAUGAUUCAACGAUGAUAAUGAUAUGAAAUCAUUUGAGCAAGAACAAUUUUGUAAUUCAGAAGGGAAAUUGGAUUUGAAGGAAGAAAGUUGAGAAAAAAUGGUUAGUUUAAAAGAGGGGGUUCUGUUGAAGCUGGUGGAAGAGAUGAAAAGGAACAAGGGCGAUCCAAUGGAGAGCUGUGCAAUCUCAAAGCCUGUGUUGUUGCAAAUCAGGAGCAUCAUCCCCGUCCUCGAAGAAGGCGAUCUCUGGCCCAGCCGCGGCUUCUUCCUCAAAGUCUCCGAUGCCUCCCAUGCAUUGUACGUCUCCCUCUCCAAGCAGCAGAAUGACAUGAUCCUCGCCAACAACCUCCAGCUCGGCCAAUUCAUCUACGUCAACAAAUUGGACCCCGCCGACCCCCUCCCCCUCCUGCGCGGCCUCGCCCCCAUCCCCGGCCGCCGCCCCUGCGAGGGCACGCCGCAGGACAUCGCCUCGCCGCCGCCGCCGGUCCUCGGAAGGCGCGGCCGCGCUUCCGAGUCUUCUCGCAGAAAAAGCGAUGGGGGUGUGAGAGCGGCUAGGUCACGCUCCUCGAGCCCCGUCAAGGCAAAAAACGGCGGCGAUAGCGACGCGACGAUGCCGAAGCGCGUGCCGAAGAGGCGGAGCUGGAGUGAAUCGGAGAUAUUGGGGGUGAAGGAGAUCUUCGAUUCGUCGGUUGUUAAGCAUGAGAUGAAAUUGCCCUCUCGAAAAAGCGCCAGUGCGAGUGCUUCGCCGGCUAGGUAUGAUAGCUCCGACGAUAGCUCGAGCUGUGUGUCGAGAAGCAGAGCUGGUGGUGGUGGUGGUUUGGGUAAAAGAGGUAAUGCCUCGCUGCAUUCGUUGUGCAAUGUGAUCUGCGAUCGGAAAGGAGCAGAAGCUAGAAUAUCAUGGACGUCUCUUCCAUCAAAUUUGGUCAAUCACGGCAAGGAGGUGAUCAGGCAACGCGACGUAGCGUUGCAGGCCGCCGCUGAUGCUCUGCAAGAGGCUUGUGUUUCUGAGAGAUUGCUCAACUCCUUGAGCACAAUGUCGCAGUUCCCUAUAGCAGAAGGAGAUGAUCUGCAGCCAUUCGUGGACAAGUUUCUGAAUCUUGAGCAUGAUCUAGCUCAGAGUAGAUUGAUAAUGCAAUCGCUGCUAAUUCCAAGCGCAAGCCCAUUUAGAAACCAAGAAACGGAGAGCAUUGCGUUGGAAAGAAAGAAAAAUGCCAACGCAUGGAUAAAAUCCGCCAUUCUUCUUGACCUCUCCCCAUGCCUGUCUCCCCUGACUACACCCCCGGAUCCCAUGAAAGCGAGACAUAAAUGCGGGUGCAUCAUGACAAGAAACAAGAGUUGUGAUCUAACAGAUGUUGAGAUCCCUCUUGCAUUAGGGUUUGACAAGGAAGAUGAGGAGGAGUGCGGCAGGGGAAGCGGCCUCUGCACCGCUGCUGAGCUGGCAGCGUCGUUGCAGGAUGAGUGCAAGAAGGUGCUGCUGAUGUAUGUGGACAGGUAUCUGGAGCAGGUGGAGAGGAGGAGCUCGUUGGUGGGGUGUGGUGAUCAGCAGAUGGCCGGGAUGAUGUACAAGGUGAAAAUGGUGAGUGAUUGGCUCAACUCCAGUGUGAAAAGAGAAGGCGAUGGGGAGGGAGACGAAGCAGAAGCUUAUGUGAGGGCGAGGGAUAAGAUCUACGCCAUCCUGCUCAAGAACGUCGAGAGGACUGCGUCCGUGGCCUUGGACCGUUGAAUGUGAUGUUGAGGUGGAGGGAAAAUGCAAUUUUGAAUUUUUACUUCAGAUGUUGAUCUCAUUGUACAUUGAUCACAUUUUUUAUGUAAAUUAUUAGUAUGUCACAUUAGCUGUAGGUGAUGUUAAUAUUAAGAGUAACUA